AUGAUGGAUACCCGGGUGGUCCUCGUGCCGCCGCGGCCUGCCAAGUCCCAAGACUCCAUGUCCGCGCAGAGCGUUCACGGUUCAAGUGGGGAAACCCUGAUCCUUACACCAAGCUGGACGUUCAGGACCCCGAUGAAAAGCAACCUAAUGUGGCUCAAAGGGUCUGGGAUGCAUGUCGUUACCAACCUCUUCGCGUGA